AUGGACUGUGUUCCCACCAAGACUGUGAAGAAGGACCGAGUCAUCAUUGAGAAGUAGCACACGCGCCUGGGUGAUGACUUCCACACCAGCAAGUGUGUGUGCAAGGAGAUUGCCAUCAUCCCCAGCAAGAAAUGUCAAAGCGAGAUAGACAGCCAUGUCAUGCAUCUGAUGGAGUGGAUUCAGAGAGGCCCUGUGAGAGGUAUCUCUAUCCAGGUGAAGGAUGAAGAAAGAGAAAGGAGAGAUAAUUAUUUUCCUGAGGUCUCAGCCCUUGAUCAGGAGGUGAUCAUUGAGGUAGAGCCUGACACCAAGGAAAUGCUGACGCUUCUGGACUUUGGCAGUCUCUCUUACCUCCAGCUCACUCGGCCUAUGGUUGGGAUAAAUUAA